UCCGUACACACCAUCGACCGACAUUGCUUUUUCGAGCAGCGACACCAUGGCAACGACGAACCCCAUCACUGUGCACUACUGGGCUGGCCGCGGCAUGUGUGAGCCUCUUCGCGUGGCGCUGGCAGCCGUCGGCGCACCAUUUACCAACCAGUUUCUCGAGACAAAGGCCGACCUCACGGCGCUUCGCGACGCCAACGACCUCGCGUACGGCCAAGUGCCCAUGGUCGAGAUGGAUGGCGGCAAGUUCGUCCAAGUGCAGGCGACGCUGCUGUACCUUGCGCGCAAGCACAACCUGUACCCGUCCGAGUUGGCGGCGCAGUACAUGUGCGAUGCAACAAUGGCCGCCUGCGCCGACGCGCGCCGCCCGCUCACGGGGUAUGCGUUUACCCUGGAUGGCGCCAAGGUCAAGUCCAGCUUUAACUUUGCUCGGUAUCCGGCCAAGUGGGACGAGCUGCUCACGGGGCGCGACUACCUUCUUGGCGCCACCGCCUCGAUGGCCGACGUGACCAUGUGGGAAGUCCUUGAUUUUUAUGAAGACAUUUUUGGCACCGCGCUCUUUCGUGCCGAUUUCAAGGCGUAUCCGGCGCUCCUCGCUCACUACGACCGUGUCGGGCGUAUGGGCAACUUGGCGCAGUGGAAGGCCGCUCGGUCGACGGAAUUUGUCGACUACGCGACGUACGCACGCCACGUCAAUCAAACGCUGUACGAGUAAAGACGCACU